CCCCAUGAUGUUCCUAACAGCUGACAGACGGUGAAAGCCACUAGCAGAUCUGUCUGUUGUGUGGAGAGAAGACUCGCUAAACAACGGUCUUAAACCCCACGUCGAGAGACUUUUCAACCACCUCCAUUCAUCGACCAUAUUUACUGGAUUAAAAGAGAAGAAGAUCCCUUCGAUCAGCCUCCAGUUCAGAAGCUGGGGGACAUUCGCUCGGUCAGGUGCUGGGGCUGCUGCAUAUGUCGGAUUUGAUCCAUUGACGCUUCGACUCCAGCCCUCCCAGCCGAGCCCAAAUGCCGAGGAAUGGAUAGUGUGUCUACUAUCGGUGGGAACAUGGUCGAGAGUGGCGAGAAGCCGGAGAGGGACGGUGGCGGAGGGGGCGACGCAGCCAUGGCCGCGCUCCACCAGUGCGAACUGAUCCAGAACAUGAUAGAUAUCUCCAUCUCCAGCUUACAGGGGCUCAGGACCAAAUGCGCCGCGUCCAACGACCUCACGCAGCAAGAAAUCCGCACACUGGAGGUGAAGCUGGUGAAAUACAUCUGUAAACAGCUGCAGUGCAAGCUCAAAGUGCCAGAGACCGAGAGGCCCGACGACCUGGACAGCUAUCCACGCUUGCGAGACUGGCUCCGCACCAUCAACUUACGGCCGGAACUCAUCGAGGCAGUGGAAGCAAAGUUCUCCCUGGAUGCCUUACUGCAGAUGGCAGGAACUCAGGUGAGGGACAUAAUGCGAAGGCUUGGCUUCACUUCCGAAGAAUGUGCCCGACUAAGUGCUGCCCUCUCCUGCCUCAAGAGUGUAACUGAAGCCGGAGGUGAACUGAAGGAAGACAGCACAACUUGGUUGUCUGAGCCCACCAGGAGGGACAGCGGUUCUCUGCUGACUGCAGAUCAGCUUUCUAGCCUUGGAAACCCACUGCGGCCGCUCAGCCCCUCGCCUCUCGCCCGCCCGUCCACCAUCCAUUCUACGCCAUCCACCCCCUGCGCGACUUUUCCUCAUCCCCGCUCCGGCUCGGUGUCAGCGGUUUCCACGCCCGAGGCGCAGACGCCGCACCUCCACGGUGAAAGCCCCCUCACGAGCGCAUUCCCCGUGUCCUUAGCUCGCUCUGGCCGUCUCCAUGGACACACUUCCACACCGCCCGUCACGCCACCAUCCAAGCGGCGACACCGACUGAAGCCUCCGUGCACGCCGCCGCCUCCGUCCCGCAAAGUGCUCCAUCUGCUCCCCAACAUCACCCUCACACGCAGCAAAAGUCACGAAUCGCAGUUGGGCAAUCGCAUCGAAGACCCACUGGCCAACAAAUGUGUCAAAAAGAACAAAAUCCUCUUGAAUAUGCAAGUCAAUGGGAACGGACAUGAGGACACGCCUUGUCGCUACCCCGCUGUUCCUGUACGGACCCCGGGGCUGCCCCCAGCUGCAACCACCAUGCCUUAUACCCUUCCUGGUACACCAACCCUUUUGGAAGAGCAUAGCAUCAUUAAGAAUCACAAACCAGUUCACCGCAGUUCUCCACAAGCUGUGAGGAGAGACAUCGGCCUUGCAGUCACACACAGGUUCUCCACCAAGUCUUGGCUCUCUCAAACAUGUCAAGUGUGUCAGAAGAACAUGAUGUUUGGGGUUAAGUGCAAACAUUGUCGAUUAAAGUGCCACAACAAAUGCACAAAGGAAGCGCCAUCUUGCAGAAUCUCUUUUCUUCCAAUUGCCAAAAUUCGGAGGACAGAGUCUGUGCCAUCUGAUAUCAACAACCCAGUGGAUCGUCCUUCCGAAGCUCCCCAGUUUGGUACGCUACCAAAGGCCCUUACCAAAAAGGAUCAUCCCCCCGUCCUGAACCAGCUCGACUCCAGCAGUAAUCCGUCCUCCACGACCUCGUCCACACCCUCCUCCCCGGCACCUUUCCAGCAGAGUAACCCUCCAAGCGCCACGCCGCCUCCCAACCCAUCGCCCAAAGGCCAUCGGGACAGCCGCUUCAACUUCCCAGCUGCCUGCUACUUUCAGCAUAGACAGCAGUUUAUCUUCCCCGACGUCUCCAGCCCCGCUACUUUACAUACUGAUAUUCUCCAAGACACAGUCAGUGAAAUUGAGCAAUCAGAAGAGGACUUACAUGCUGAUUUGGUUGAAGAUGAAGAUGAGGAGGCAGGGGAGGACAACAUUGAGGUCGAAGAUGAAGACCCCGAACUGGAUGAGGACAAUGAGGAGGAAGAGGAAGAGAUGUGCGAUGACGGGGAGGACGAGGAGGACGGCGAGGAGAUCCAGAUGAACAUGGGCUCCGACGGCGAGUGCGAAGGUGACAAGUUGGACGAUCUGCCCUGCUCGCGGGGGAACCAAUGGAAGGUCCCCAUCUCCCGCAAAGCCAGCCAGACCAGUGUCUACCUGCAAGAAUGGGACAUCCCUUUUGAGCAGCUGGACCUUGGAGAACUCAUAGGAAAGGGCCGCUGGGGCAAGGUGCAUAAAGGUCGGUGGCACGGCGAGGUGGCGAUCCGACUUCUUGAGAUCGAUGGGAACAAUCAGGACCACCUGAAACUCUUUAAAAAGGAAGUGAUGAACUACAGGCAGACCAGACACGAGAAUGUGGUGCUCUUUAUGGGUGCUUGCAUGGCCCCGCCCCACUUGGCCAUCAUCACUAGUUUCUGUAAAGGGAGGACACUGUAUUCCGUUGUGAGAGAUACUAAAAACACUUUGGAUAUUAACAAGACCAGACAAAUCGCCCAGGAGAUUGUCAAGGGAAUGGGAUAUCUGCACGCUAAAGGAAUUGUCCACAAAGACUUGAAGUCAAAGAACGUUUUUCAUGACACCAACAAGGUUGUGAUCACAGACUUUGGCCUUUUUGGGAUUUCAGGUGUCGUUCAGGAAGGGAGGCGUGAGAAUCAACUCAAACUUCCACAUGGUUGGAUUUGUUACCUCGCGCCGGAAAUAGUGCGUAAGAUGAGUCCAGGUAACAACGAGGACCGACUUCCUUUCUCCACUGCGGCGGAUGUGUACGCCUUUGGCACCAUUUGGUACGAGCUCCAAAUAAGAGACUGGCCAAUCAUCAACCAGCCCGUGGAAGCAACCAUCUGGCAGGUGGGCAGUGGAGAAGGUAUUAAAAAUGUCCUGUCAGAGAUCAGCUUGGGAAAGGAGGUCACGGAGAUCCUCUCGGCCUGCUGGGCUUACGACCUGCGGGAGCGGCCCCCUUUCACACAGCUGGCUGACAUGCUGGAGAAGCUACCAAAACUCAACCGCAGGCUCUCUCACCCGGGACACUUCUGGAAGUCAGCAGACGUAUGUGUAACAAGUGUCCCGCAAUGUUCUACUUAUCGUUGAUGGACCAGGAUCCGUUCGAAUGAUUUCCUCAAAAUGAUUGCCAAUAGGAAUAAUCUAGAUUCUAAUUUAUAACAUACAGUGCAUUUAAAUAACAAUGGGCGGUGUUUAGCUCGUCUGCCUCUGUAAUAACUUCAAAAAAAGAAAGUCUUAGGUUUUCUGCACCACAGUUCUGUGGGCCUUUGCACGAAAAGUAAUGUUUUGUAAUUAGAACAAAAAAAAUGGCUUGAAUAUACAAGUAAUAAUUCCGUAUUUGGCCAAAUUCUUUUUUUUGACAUUCGUCCCAAAUUUUUGUGCUUUUUGUGACAGCUCUUACUAAUGCCACAGCAACAGCCCUUUAAUAAAACACAUUAUCCUUUUUUCUGCUUCAUGUACUUGCACUUUUCUUGAGGCAAAAACCACACCAAAGAAAUAAUUUGGAGAUGCACUAAUACAUUAAUAUAAGUGGGAGUUGACUGGCCUGCUUUUCUUCAAAUCUUUCCAACCGGUGCCUUUAACAGGUUGACUAACCGUCUAUUAACGAUGGCUUCUUCUUUUGCUCUGUCUCUUUUGUCUCCUGUCGGCCUCCAGGUUGUAGCGGCAAACAUAAGCAAUGCAACACAAAGCCUGGGUCUGCCUUGCAUGCUCCCGAAUCCUUAUCGCCCACAGGAUUGUUCAAAGCAUUGCCUCGAACGCACUCUACUUACACGCACGCACACACGUCUUUUCUUUCCACUCAGUUGUCUUGUUUGAAGAGAGAGCAUCAGUGGACUGAAGUGUAGCACAUAUUUUCUCCUCCCUUUUCUUUUGGGUUACACUGAGGCUUGUUGUUGUGACCACACCAUUUAGAUAAAGGCACAAAUGCUCGCUCUCUCUCGCUCUCUCUCUCUCUCUCUGACUCGCUCUCUCUCUCUGACUCUCUCUCUCUCUCUCUCUGACACACACACACACACACAGACAACACAACACACACAGGCAGACAGAACAUGAAAUGCACCAAGAAACCCUUAGUCGAUCUCACUUGCGUGAUGUGCCCGAAGCCUCUCAGUUCAUUCAGCUCCAUUUUUAGCAGUGAUUACGUGUGUUUUGCAAAAGGUCCUAUUUUUAUUUACAGGAUGUUUUUUUAUUUUCUGUAAUUUGGUGAACCUACUGUUGCAAUGUUUUGUGGCAUUUGUUUUAAAACAACAACAAAAUUCCAUUCUUUGUUCCAUGCUAAUUUGGUGACCCGUCCCUCCACACAUUUACUCAUUGAUUGCUUAAGCAUUUAAUUACAUAUCCCUCCGCCCAUCCAAUUCAUUCAACAUCGUCCCAGGGAAAGGAAAACAGCACACACUGGAUUUUCUUUUAUUUUUAUUUUUUUUUAAAAGAUGUGAAAAAGUGCACCUUAUAAAAAUAUUAGUUAUUUCAAGCAGCUAAGUGGGAAAAAAAUUGGGAACCUGAAAAAGUGUCCUAUCUUCCUUAAACAUUUCUCUUGUUUUUUUUUGCUGCGUGUGAGUGUGGAACAUGCUGGAUUAAUUAGUUUAGUGUCGCAAAUCUGUUGGUAAGUACUGUAAAUACAUUAUUUAAUGUACAGCAAUUUAUGAGGAUCCUACAUUUGUACAAACAUUUUCUAUGUAAAAGGCAUCACCACAUUUGGGGGAAUACGGCCUGCUUCUGCCGAUACAGAUGUGUAUAUAUAUUUAUAUUUUUGUCAUGUAUAAAGACUGUACAGUUUUUUCUAAAUGGGCCAAUACAUGUUUUUUUAUUUUAUGUUGUAAAAAUUCAUAUUUUUGUAUUGCAUGUGAAGUCAUUCUGUACACGCAGGUUCUGUUUUCAUCCAUUGGAAGACAAUAAAAUGAGGCUCGUCAUGUAA